AUGUUUUUCCAGGGCCGCGUGGAAGCGAAAUCGUUACAGGGGACCGUAGGAGAAGCUGCUGUCACCCUCUCAACUUCCUUCCUAAAGUUCGACACGACGUUCGUCAACCUGAUGUGCGAGAAAACUGUUUGCAUUGAAAAUGACUCAAGCGAGCACUUGCCUUUCUGUUGGUCUUUUGGAUCGCCUAGCGACCUCAAACACGAAUCGGAGCAUCACCUUGAGUUGAUUUCCUCUGGCUGCUAUUCUAUUAAACCGGCACAUGGAAGAGUUUGGGCUAAGUCCAAGCAAAGUAUCCGCAUUGAGUUUGCUCCAAUACAAGCAACCUGCUACAAUUCUACAGCCAUCUUGAACAUUGCUGGAAGGGAAAUGGGCCUAAAGCUGCAACUUUAUGGAACGGGUACAGGGCCGCAAGUCAAAUUCACGAAAGCAGAACUAGACUUCGGCGACGUAGUCGUGUACACGGAAAAGAUGCUUGAUGUGGAAAUUGUGAAUACAGGUGACAUCGCUGCAUCAUACUCCGUGAAGCCUCUCGCCGAUGCUUUCCCUCCAGGCACAGAGGUAAAUUUCAGCCCAAGCAGUGGAUGCAUUUGCAUUAACAAGGCUGAACGAGUGCAGGCGUCGUUUAGGCCAGCAUUUGUGGGAGAGUUUGAAGCCACUGCGCUGUGGGCGAUCGAAGCGUCUCCAGAAGAUAUUGUGCUAAAACUUAAGGGCAGAGCAAUUCCUCCCCAUAUUGAAUUUGAUGUUUCGUCAAUUAACUUCGGAGUGAUUCCUUUUGGGUUCGAAGAAGUGCGCUCCGUUCGACUAACGAACACCAGCGAUGCCCCGCAAACGGUCGAAGUAAAGGUUUUGAAGCGAUUAGAUGAUACAUAUGCUGAUAUCAAGGUCAACCCUGGUGUUCUGGCCAUUCCCGCUGGUGCCUCCGAAAAGGUGGACGUCUUCCUUUGUCCGUCUAAAGCGCAGGCAUACAUAGAAGAGAUUGCCUUUGGCCUUCCGGGGCUAAUUGACAGAUAUUUCAUUUUGCCCCUUCGGGGUUCCAGCAAGACUCCCCAAGUUGCAUUGGAGCCAGAAGACACUCUUGUAUUCGACGACGUGUUCAUAAACACAAUUGCAAGGAAGGCAUUCACUAUCAGAAAUACGUCAAGACUUUCUGCCCAAUUUUCCGUCACCCUGGAGGGUGGUGAUAAUGUUGGUGCUGAGGUAUUGCCGUCAGAGGGCUUGGUAUCUCCACUUUCGGCUGUCGCCGUUUCAAUCACCCUCCGCCCGUUAGCUCCCGGUGACGUGCAUUUCACUUGCUGGGUAAACAUAGCCGGCUUGGACAAUCCCUUUCAGCUGGACGUAUCUGCUUGUGCUUCGGGUCCUAAGCUCAAAAUUGAACCGAAAGAACUGCAUUGGGGGAAGAUCAAAUGCCUUGAUGAAGUGGCGCAGCAAGUUGAGCUAACCAAUAUUUCACCGAUUCCAGCAUUGAUUCACUGUUUCGUUCGAAGCAGACAUGGAUAUUUCACGGUGCAGAACUCCGAAAUGAUUUUGGACGGAGGGGCUUCAGUGUCAGUCCACGUAAUCGCCACUUUCCUUGAAGCAGUUGCCUCCACUGGACAGUUGGUCGUCUCUGCUAUUGAUGGGCAAAGUGUCGUGGUUCAUUUGAGAGGAAAGGUGGUAAUUGAAGCCUUGAGCACGUUACCAGGCAGAGCCUCCCAAGUUAUAAUCUGCCAGGAGUCUUUCGGUCCUGGGACUACGCCAGUGCGCAUCGCUAGAACACUCGCCACUGCAGACUUUUUCACCCCUAGUCUUGUCGCCACACCUUCUUCUCUGGCCUUUAAAGGCUCACUGGAAGUAAGCUUCAAAGAACAUCCAAGAGUAGAUGUGAUGCCACUAGAAGGGGAAACAGAAUUUCCGAAUGUUGAGCUCGAAACAACCAGUUUGGACUUUGGUUUCAUUGUAAAUGAAACUACGAAGAGGAUUCCGCUUCGCAUGCGAAACGUUGGCUGCGUCCCGGUGACUUACAGCUGGUUUUUAACAGAUGCUUACUCAGUCAAAGACCUCAAAAGUACAUACUCACAUUAUUCAACCCGAUACACCAUUGGGUCCGAGGCAGAAUACCUCGCAUGCGUCAAACCUCACCGGCAACUCAGUGGCAUGUUUAUUAAUCAAAUGCCACUCAAAUGCCACGUUAUUUCAGGCGCUGAGAAUAGUGAAACCAUGAACUCAGAAGGCUCUGCCAUACCAAUUCACAAAAUCUUUGACUUUGCGCCUUUUACGGGAGUAAUUGAACCAGGAGCUUUGGAAACUGUCUAUGUACGCUUUUGGGGAGUGCCUAACAGUGAAGCGUCCGCUGUAGCCUUAUGCAGCAUCAGCCAAGGACCUGAAUACCCAGUGCGCCUAAUAGGUCGAGCAUCGUCUCCACGACUGAAGGUCAGCCAGACAGAAUUCGACUUUGGGGAGCUGCCAUACCUCAAGCCGGUCACCGCCGAAGUCAUCUUGGCCAAUGGCGGCUUCGUUGACCUCAGCUUCGCCGUCGACUUGGAAAGAGUGUCUAGGCCAUGGGCCGUGGAGGUUUCGAAAAGAAAAGGACUCAUAAGAGCACACGAGAAGUUCAAGCUAGAUAUCACUUUCAUGACUGGAUUGCCGGCGGAGGUUACUGAACAGAUUUUCGUGGAAGUCGACCACUGCGACCCGAUUGCUGUCACGCUUCGAGGGAGGGGAACAUACCGCUGUCUUCUCAUUGGUCUCCCGCGGGUAGCUGAAGAUGGCAGUUGGGAAGAGUCAGACCAAGGAGUUGUGGGCUCGUCCACUGAGAGUGGAACUGCUUCAGCUGUUUGGCAGCAAGCAGCGGAGGUGGAUCGGCAAAAACUUUGCAGCAUUAUGCUGGAACAGUACAAUGUAUCAGCAUGCUUUGCCAACUGGCGACUCCCUGGAGAGGAAACAGCAUUUAUUGCAACCCCUGGCAAAUACGUUCUUGAUUUUGGGAGUGUUGUUGUGGGCCAGUCACGAACGAAAAUAGUGCAACUGCGCAAUGCGUCUUCCCAGAUCUUUGGAGUAAAGAUAAAUAAGAAGGUCGAACCUGAUGUGAUUAACCGUCUGCACCCGAACGAACAAACGACAAUCACAGUAACAGCCAAGCAAGAGAAGGAGGGAGAUGCAAAUGUUCUCGUUACAGCCUUUGUUUCUGGCAGUCUGAGCUACCAGAUCACUCUCAGAGGGAAAUUUGUUGUUCCUGACCUCCACUUCUACACAGACACACUAGAAUUUGGCAGCAUCAAAAGGGGGCUAUGUAAAACUCUGACCCUACGGCUGCGCAAUGAGAAGAGCGUCCCUGCUCAGUGGCGUUACAGAGGUCUUGUUGACAAAGGUGACAAAGCGCAACGCGAUGCUCUCAGGUGUUUUAUUAUAGAACCUCGGCAGUCGGUUGUUGAACCAGGAGAAUGGAUUGACUUAAAAAUUCAGUUUUUCCCAGAAAAAGCGGAAAGGGAAAUAUGCGCCCGACUGAUAUUUUGUAUUGAGGACAACCCCAAGUGGAAAUGCAUAAUGGCAACGGGGGCACCUAAGCUUCCUCGGUUGGAAUUUGUCCCCUCGUACGUGGACAUGGGUUACAGCCUUCCCUCACAUGUUUUGCGGCAAGAUGUAAUAGUCCGCAAUAAUUCUGAUGAACCUUGUGAAAUAUAUUCCCUUGAAUUCGACGACCAGUACAAACAAACGAAUGCUCUGCUUCGCGAUUACGACGGCUUCGAUGAGUCAGGCAUGGCACUGCUGCCUGUCAGAUCCCCGGGAAAAGCUUGUUGGUCUAGAGUACGCAAGGCUGCUCUGCGAAAAACAGUUGUUGACGUCUCCCUUGCUACAGAGUGUGAAAUUCGGCGACAGCUAACUCUUGAUGAAUGUGUUGAAUGGGCAGUAGCAGCCUCCGGGAAGAAAAAGAAGCUCGAAUCUGCUGGGGUUGAGAAUGCCCGACUUGUUGAAGAGUUGAUUAGGUCCGUGGAAGCUCUGGAAGGAGAUGGAGAAGCUACUGGUGGCAAAAAGA